AUGCCCCAGUCCCCUCCAACAGCUGAGUCAUACCAGCAGGGCUGCAUCAGUAUGACCCUGGAAAAGGCUGAUCUCUGGAAGUCCUUCCACAGCAGCGGAACAGAGAUGAUAAUAACAAAGCAUGGAAGGAGAAUGUUUCCACACUGCAGCAUCAGACUGUCAGGACUCCAACCUUUUGUAAAUUACGUCGUCAUGAUGGAUAUGGUCCCCGCAGACAGCUUCAAAUACAGGUGGAAAAAGGAUCAGUGGGAGGUGGCGGGGAAGUCGGAGCCCCAGCCCCCGUGUCGAUUAUACAUGCACCCAGACUCCCCUGCCCCAGCAAGUCACUGGAUGAAGCAGCCAUUGUCUUUUCUCCGGAUGAAGCUCACCAACAACACCUUGGACCAACACGGCCACAUCAUCGUGCACUCCAUGCAUCGCUACUACCCCAGGUUUCACGUCACCCAGGCAGACAGUCCUUACACCGUCCGCUGGGGCCCCUUCCAGACCUUCUCCUUCCCAGAGACCACCUUCACUGCAGUGACGGCCUACCAAAACCCAAAGAUCACUAAAUUGAAGAUCGACCACAACCCAUUCGCUAAGGGAUUUAGGGAGGGAGGCACUCAUUCCCAUGGCAAAAGAUGUCGUUCAAACAGAGGCUCUCCUGAUAAAAGAGCCCGACUGGAGAGUGAGGUUCGUUGCAACAGUCCUCCAGGCCUGCAGAGGAUGCCCUCCACCUCUCAGUCAGUGAAGGUGGGGAAGGAUGAGCAGCCCUUGAACCUUUCAGCCUGUUCAUUGGAGCAGGAGAGUCUACACACAGAGCCCCUGGACCUGCAGGAGUACGACUACUGUUGUGAAGAACAGAUGGUGCCUGCUUCCAUGCCAUACCAGCCCUACAGAUCUCUAGAGUACGCCAGGUAUCCGCUGCAUUCUAAUGAGGUAGAUGCAGCCCACUCUCUCCUUCACCCUCCACACCAUCAACUCUCCACAGCUGAACACAACUCCCAACAACACGGCUACUACCACCAUCCUCAGCACUACAGCCAGGCUGGGGAUUGGAGCCAGUACCCACUCUUCUCCUACUCUUGUCGUUGACCGUUUCACCAUUUUCAAUGUGGUGACAAUAUUAACGGGGAUGAAACCACUACGGCCUUGCAGGAGUAUUGUCACUGUGUCACAGGUGGACCUGCAACUCACUGAAAUGUCACUCUCCAGUUUGUGAUUGUAAAAUUGUGUAAAAAAUGUAGUGUAUUUCCAAAAGCUUGUAUUUUUUGUGAGUUUCACUCUAACUUUUGUCUGCUAAUUAGACAACAAUCAUAUUUAAGUGAAGACUUAUUUACUCUGAUUUAUAUUCCUGAUCACACGCUAGUUCAGUCUCAACGUGCAAGUGGGAAAAAAAGACUUGGAAAUGCAAUAUAUACAUACAGUAUGGUCUGUGUGUGGUCAGCUGGGAAAUAAGUGUGAAAUUUAAUCUGCAGGUCUGAUGAAAGGAUACCCAUAUGUAGAAAACAUGUUUGGAAACUCCUCGGAAGGGCUUCUCUUAAAUUGAUUUCUUGUUUGUCUACAGCUGAUAGCAGGAAUCAUAUUAAAAG